AUGAACGAAGAAGUUCAUACAGCAUUGACAUUUGUAGAAUUAACAACUGUUCAUUAUCAGCAUGAUGAUCCAUAUGGAUUAUUAAAUGCUUAUAUUACAUUAGUACCAAUUGCUAUUGCCAUUGGUGUCCUCACAUUAAUAUUAUUUAGAAGAGAUAUUAGAACCGUUUCAAUUCUUUUAGGUUUAUUAUUUAGUGAAUGUACAAACUAUGUCCUUAAAAAAUCAAUUAAAGAACAUAGACCAACUAUUUGGAAGGAAUUAAAAAAACAAAGCUAUGGUAUGCCAUCAAGUCAUAGUCAAUUUAUGUUUUUCUUUGCAGUUUUAAUGACAUUGUUUUAUUUAAAAAAGAGAAUUAGAUUUGGAUCUUCAUUAUUCCCAAAAGUUAUGUUGGCAUCCUUAUAUUUUUUAGCAGCCGCUGUCGCAUAUUCCAGAGUUCAUCUUUAUUAUCACACUACAAAACAAGUUAUUAUUGGAUCCUCAGUUGGUAUUAUUUUAGGUUUCAUUUGGUACAAUGUUAUUGAAAAAAUAUUUAGACCAUAUCUCUUCCCAAUCAUAAUAAACCAUCCAAUUGGUAAAUAUUUCUAUAUUCGUGAUUCUUCAGAAAUUGAUGAUUUAUUAAAAUUUGAAUAUGAUAAUGCUAUGAAACAAAUUCAUAAAAUUCAUCAAAAUAAGCAUACUCAUGAAAGUAGUGGUUAUUAUAAUAAUGUAAAUUCAAAUAAAAAGAAAUAA